AUGCCUCAGGAUGGCCGUUUCAAUCCCUACGCAGGACCCAACAACCCAGGAGGUCAUGGGAACUCUUUACCACAGCGAUUUCCCAAUCCAAAUCGUGGCUUCCAACCAUCAGACCAUCAUACCCGUCGAUCAACGUCUCCCUCAAAUGAUCAGAAUCCUCCAAGCCAUCAAUCUAACCCAACUCAAUCAACACUCCUUCGAGUUUUUGACACUCUUGCUGAUCAAGCUAAUCUGAACACCGAAAACCGAGAGCGUGCGCGAAUUUGUAGUAAUCGAUUGGAAAACGAUUCUCGAUUAAACGCGUUACUUGUCUACACAGCUCAGUGUCAUCAAGACAUUAUCCAAAGACUCGGUCAACCAACAGGAUCCGAAGCCCCUUCUAAUUCACCAAGCACCACUACUUCAACUAACUCUGCUCCUGUGUGGACACCUAACGAAGAACUCAAGAAAACCUGCGUGAAAGUCCUCCUGGAGUCUAUCACCGACCCUACCCUUCAAGCUUAUACUCUUACCGAUGGUGUUAUCUCCGUAGCAAGCGAGAAGAGGACACUCACUCACUCACUUGAGAUGAUUGCUCAAAUUGCACUGCAACGCAAGGAUGAUGCUUGGAAGACUCGGAACUUUCCACCAGGAUGGACUAGUAAAAGUCGAUUUCCCAAGGAGGUCAUCACGCUCAUCAAGCACAAAGCAAAAAAUGCCCGAGAGAGAUUACAUGACAUUCUCCGUCACAAUGCUAAGCCCAAUCACGGAUUUGUGAGCGACCCGCUUCCAACUUUAGAAGAUAUCUAUCUAUCUUUGCCGACAGAUUAG